AUGGAAGCAUUUAAAGGCACUUCAAAUUAUAUACAAUAUAUUCCUCAUAAGGUUGAUUGGAGCAACACAAGGAUUGUAAAAACUACAACUAACAAGAAUAAUUUUCUCAUUUUAACUGAUGAUGGCAAAAUAUACUACAAAAGCAUCUACGGAGACUUAGGCACACGUGGUAUAUAUCAAAUGGAUAUCAAAGAGAAGAUUAAAUCCAUCGGUUGUGGAAGUGAUUUUUAUUUGAUAGUUACCAAUAAUGAUAAAACGUACAGUUGGGGUCUAAAUAAAAUCGAUGACUUGGGAAUGCCUAGACAAUUGUGUUUCCAAAAAGAGUUAUGUGAAGUGACCACACUUUCAGGCAAAACAAUUGUCAAGAUAGCCUGUGGAACGGAUCAUACACUCGCUCUGACUGAUAAAGGGAAAGUCUACGGCUGGGGUUCAAAUAGCGACGGACAAUCGAAUCUUACUAGCAGAGAUUGCGUUCCUUAUCCUACAAUGAUAAAUAUACCUAGCGUAAAAAAAAUAUUGGAUAUCGCCGCUAUGCACAAUAGAAGCUUUAUCAAGUCCAACGAGAAUGGACUUGUCUAUAUGUGGGGUCAUUUUGCUAAUGUAUCAAUUAAAAAACCUUUUGUUUGCGAAUAUACCAAUGUAUUUGACGUAUUCAACUCGAUGACAGCACAAUCAUCAAUGUCUGUGGUACACGAAUUCACCAAAGAGGAAUGCGACAUAUUAAAUGAUUUGGAAGCUGCAUUCAACGAUCGAUCAACAAGUGAUCUUACAAUAUUGGUCGAGGGCCAAUCAAUUUAUGUCCACAAGAGAAUUUUGAAGAUGCGUUGUACAUAUUUUAGAAACAUGUUUCAAACUGAUUACAUUGAAAACAAUCAAAGCAUCAUCAAUCAUCGUCACUAUUCAUAUGUCGUGUACGAAAGCUUUUUAAAAUAUUUGUACACCGGUAAAAUCAAUCUAUCAUCAAUAGAUGACCUAUUAGAUCUUUUGAAAUUAGCUGACGAAGUCUGCGAAAAACAUCUGGAGAUGGAUUGUAUACGAACAAUAAAAAAAACAAUUACUGUGUCAAAUAUCGCAUGUCUUAUUAAUCUUCUUAACGAAAUGGCAGAACAUCAUAAGAAGGAAUUGGAGGAAUAUUGCUUCAAGUUCUAUUUAAAAAACAUGACGGAUGUGAUGCGGACCGGAAGUUUCAAACAACUUGAUGACGAAACAAAAAUAAUACAUUUCUUGCUUAAUUUACAAUGUGCUUUUCUUUCGGUUUCUUGCUUUUCCUAG